GGGCGGAGCCGAACACCAACCCGGAAGUGGUGAGUGUGGCCGUCCUGACAUGCCUGGAGCGCUGUAGAGGAAACCCGUGAUUUAACUCCCUUUUCACCGACCAAACCGACUUAGUUUGAACCUCUGCACCUUUAACUAUCACACCUGGAACACUACAAUGCUCUCCCCGAGGUUCCUGCUGCUGCGGUCCGCUGGGUCCCUGACGACCAGGUCGUUUUGCUCGGGGGGCGUGUCCAAGUCGGGCCGGGCGCCGGACAUGGCUGAAGGCAAUCCACUUUUUCACGUGUCUAAUGUACGAAACAGGCUGAGAGAAAUCGUGGGAGCUUCCACUAACUGGAGCGACCACCAGCAGGCCAUGUCAGAGCGCGUGUCGCUGUCAUCCAUGUUGGCAAAGUCUCAGAGCGACCUUCCAGUCAAGAGGAUGAAGGACAGCUACCUGGAGGUGCACCUGCCUCUGGGCUCCGAACCACAGCUCAGAGAGAAAUACCUGACCUUCCACAACACUGUCAGGUUUGGUAGAAUCCUGGAGGACUUGGACAGUUUAGCAGUCCUCAUCUCCUACUCUCACACCUAUAAUCAGGCGCUGAAGAAAUCUCCUCUGUCCAUCGUCACCGCCCUGGUGGAUAAGAUCGACAUGAGGCAGCACAUCGUCUAUCCUGACUGCGACAUCAAGUUCACUGGUCAUGUGACCUGGGUGGGAAAGACCUCCAUCGAAGCCAAGAUGCACAUGUCACAGUUCCACGAUGGAGCUUAUUCUCCGGUUCUGGAUGCAACGUUUGUCAUGGUGGCCCGGGAUCCAGAAAACAAGAGGGCAGCUUAUGUAAAUCCGCUGAAGCCAGAAGGUCCAGAAGAGGAGAAACUUUUCCAGGAAGGAGAAGCUAAUAAAUUCCGCCGUGUGGACCUGAGCACUGCGUCGCUGCUGAAGGUGGCGCCGGCAGACGAGGAGAGGAAGAUCGUUCACAAUCUGUUCCUCAACACGCUGGACACAAAGACGGUCAGUUUCCGCAGCAGACUUCUGCCUCCAAACUCGGUGUGGAUGGAAGACGCCAAACUGAAAGGGCUGGAGAUCUGCCACCCUCAGGAGAGGAACAUCUUCAACCGGAUAUUUGGAGGUUUUCUGAUGAGGAAAGCCUACGAGUUGGGCUGGGCCAACGCCUGCUCCUACGGAGGAUGCCGACCCAGUCUGGUGGCCGUUGAUGACAUCCUCUUCCAGAAACCCGUGGAGAUCGGCUCCCUGCUGCUGCUCUCAUCUCAGGUGUGUUACACGGAGGGGAAGCACAUCCAGGUCAGAGUUCACAGCGAGGUGUUCGACCCGCUGACUCGUCAGCACAACACCACCAACGUCUUCCACUUCACCUUCGUCUCCGACCGCGACGUCCCCAACAUCAUCCCCAUGACCUAUGGAGAGUCGAUGCUUUAUCUGGACGGGAAGAGACACUUUAAUCAGACUGUGGAGCAGUGAACGCAACACGACCUGCCAAAGCCUUUCAGCGCGCAUGUGUGUGUGUGUAUGUGUGUGUGUGAGGUCAGCUGGGAAGAAUGAAAGCACUUAUUAUACAUACUUUUUUUUACAUGCCUUGUUAUAUUUACACAAACUGUUACUUUAUUUGUUCUGUUGGAGUUACAUUUUAGUGUAGAGGAGCCGACUACAGUACAACAUAGAGACUGCUUUUAUAAAAGUCAUUUAUAUUUUAUCUAUUCUUACAAAGUCUGUGUGAUUCGUUUGACAACCAGUCAGCAUUUACAGCUCAACAGUCAAAUAAAGCAAAAACUUAUUUGGCUUUAUCAGAACCUCAUUUAUUCCUGAUUUUCUUUGCUUUACAGAAUGUUAAAUUUUUUAUAUUCCACUGUCGCAUGUACGCACAAAACUCUUUGUCUUUACUUUUUUUUGGUGAAUGGGAAGCUUUAAUCUGAAUGUGUUACAGAGACGGAGGAGGGUCUUCAGCUGUGUAUUUACUCAAAUGCAAUAAAUGAAUUCUUAUUUAU